AAUUCCUGAGAAAACACUGACAUCAAACUGCUACUGAAUAAUUAGUGUGAAAUCCGAUCUUUUUUGGAUUUCACAAUUUUACAGAUGCAAGUGUGUACAUCUAAACAAAACAUGAAUCAAAACUAAUCAUCUUCCUGACCCACUCCAUGUGAGCGUGUUGUCAUCUAGCAAUGUUGUCCCCAACCUAACCAACUCUAGCUUCUGCAUCCUGUCAUGUGACUUCCUGUAAGUCACAUUUUGUCUCAGUCUGGACCGAUGAGGCAACUGCUCCACCUGCUACAUACUGACAGAAGGCUGAUUGGCCCUUUUCACUUCCACACGAUGCCUCCAGUCAGGCAGUGAAAGGAUGGGUAGGGUGCUCGUCGCGGAAGUAGCAUCUUACUGUCCGUAGCUUGAACUUUCAGGAGUGAGUGAGGUGUGUUGGUUCUAAAGCGUCAACCAGAGGAAGCACGGGGGAUGGAGGACCAGAAAAAUCCUACAUUUGUGAGACUCUUAUCAGAGGAGAGCACUCGUUCCACCCUGUCCUCAGAGUCAGACCACGAGAUCUACCAGACAGAGAUAUCUGACCUGCUGCCCAGCAGACAUGGUGCUGUGGACGCCCCUGAGGCCUGCGAGGGUGCUCCUGGGUCGGUGGAGGACUUUAACCACGGGCUCCUGCCCAAAGAACCCAGAGACAAGAAGACUCUGCAGUCACUCAGAAACCUAGCCAUGUGCAUGCAGGGGAAGAGAGGAACCAGAGAAAGGAGGAAGAUGCAGAUCAGCAACAUCGGUUUCUGGGAGUCCUGGAGGCGGAGCCAGAGCAUCAACGGGAAAAGGGUUUGGAAUCAGAUGGGAGAGGUGGUGGCCAGCCUGUUGCCGUGGCGACACACACUCCACAAACUCCAAGGGAGGUUUGGAGUGGGAGUGAAGUCCUAUUUUGUUUUCCUCAGAUAUCUGGUUUACUUAAACCUGCUGCACUGCGCUCUCAUCGGGGGGUUCAUCCUGGGACCUGCUCUGGGUUACGGCCAAAACAUCAAAAGUUUGAUGUUUAAUGAAACGGACUCCAUUUUGGACGUCUUCCUUGGAACGGGAUUUCUGCACCGUUCUCCUGUGUUCUGGGGCUUCUACACACAAGGCUCUUUGAGACUGGCCUGCCUGAACACCCCUCUGCUGUACGUGGCUGGCAUCCUCUCCGUCUUCCUCCUCAGUCUCAUCAUGGUGGUUCGCAGGACAAUGGUCGGCUACAAGCACACCUGGAUGCUCAGGAAGCGUUCCAGCGUGAACGUGAGCUUUAAGAUCUUCUGUGGGUGGGACUUCAACAUCCAGGAUGCUUCAGCUGCUGCUCUGAAGCACAGCUUCAUAAGAAACGACCUCAAGCUGUUCCUGGAGGAGCAGAGCUUCUCCUUGCGUAAAGCUCAGAGGACACUUGGACAGAAGGUGAGUCUCUACCUGCUCAGAUUCAUCCUCAACCUGCUGGUUUUAUCUCUGCUGGCUGGAGCUUUUGGCCUCAUCUGGUUCUCCACGACGUCCCUCACAACGAGUGGAAACAGCUCCUGGUUGGCCAGACUGCUCCUACAGUAUCUUCCUCCCAUCACCAUUACAUUUGUGAACCUGCUCCUUCCUCACAUCUUCUCUAAGAUCUCGUCCUAUGAAGACUACUCCUUGACUGUUCAAGUCAACACAACACUUGUGAGGAGCAUCUUCUUGAAGUUGUCCUCCCUGGGGAUCUACUUGGUUUCUGUCCUAAGAUCGGACCUCAGUAAACAGAAUUCUCACUGCAGGGAAAACCAGUUUGGCAGAGAGAUGUACAAGCUGUGUGUCUUCAACUUCCUCACCACCUUCUGCAGCACCUUUCUCCUGAGCUACCCCAGGAAGCUUCUGCAGGAGAAGUACCCAGCAUCUCUGCUGGCUCGGCUGUCAGGGAAACAACGAUUCCUAAUCCCCUUGAAUGUGCUGGACCUGGUCUACAUUCAGACGGUGACCUGGGUGGGAGUGUACUACUGCCCUCUGCUGCCUCUGAUCGGAACCGCCACACUGAUGGCCACCUUCUACAUUAAAAAGUUCGGCAUCCUGCGGUGUUGUGUGGCGGAGCAGCAGAUGUUUCGAGCCUCCAGCUCCUCCGUUCUGUUCCACUUCAUGUUGCUACUGGGGCUCCUCAUGGCUGCAGCCGCCCUCAUCUUUGAUUUCUACCAAGUUGAAGACAGGUUUCCCUGUGGGCCCUUGGAAAAGGGACAAACACUGUUUAAUGUGACCGAGUCGUGUGUAAAAAGUCUCCCCAGCUCAGCCCAGGUCGCUCUGCACUUCCUGUCCUCGGCGGCCUUUGCCCUGCCUCUCAUCCUAGCUGAGAUCAUCUUCUUAACCUCGUAUGUGUCAAGAAGACGAGCCAAUCAGAAAGCCAUUGAAAGACUAAAGGACAUGCUGGUCAUGAUCAGCUCGGAUAAACGCUUCCUGGUGAAGCAGCACGCCACAAUGCUGAGAAGUGGAAGGAAUGCCAGCAGAGGCCGUGGUGCUACCAGGGACCAACACGCGCCAGAAGCACGUCCUUCACAGGAAACAGCUGGUUAACGUCCUCGUGUUGGACAACAGGACUGGUGAACGACGCAUUCACGAGCAGAGACGUGUUUUCCUUUUGCUGGUGCUGGAAGGCUUUCUACAGCCAGCUGAGCUUGAGCCCUUGAAUGUUUUUGUGCACAAACAGCGAAUGUCUGCUCAUUAAUGUCUAUGUAAUGAACUCCUGACAUCUUUAACACAGGUGUGUGUCAGUAGCAGGUCCGCUUCACACCUGAAGAGACUUUUAACGUCAUUCUGCUGUUUUUAUUAAAGUCUUUGUGACAAAAACACUUUUCUGAGUCUGCAUGUGUGUGAGGUCAUAGAUGAACGUGCGCUGUCAUGCUAUCUGCUCACAACAUAUGUGCAACAGCACAUGACUCAGUCCCCCCACACACAGACCCACACACACACACACACACACACCCACACCCACACACCAGAGGAUGCAUCCAAAGCCCUGUGAUGAAGAUCUAGCACACUUUAAUUUGGUGAUGAUUUUAGCUCUGGCAUGUUUGCUCUCUGAGAUCAGUAAGUUGCUUCUUCAGAUAUGGUGUUCUGCUAGUUAUUUACAGUCGCUGCUUGAACUCUAACCCUUUGCUCAGCUCGGCUCAUUGGGCCAGAACUAAAGCUGUCAAACCCAACAAUACUGUCUAACUGUAACUGAUGACUAACCGGCACGUACCUGCAUCCUAUGCAGACACACUCAGAUCAGGGGCAGACCAGUCCACUUUAUAGGAAACACUGUAGUCUUUAUUCCGAAGCAAAGAGACCUACUCGGUGUUAAAUAGCACACUACACCGUAAACACCGAACAUCGUGUGCAUAAGUGGACUCGUGGAUCCCGCCGUCUGGGGAAAAGACCUCCUACGUAUCACAACCAUCCCAGCACUGAUGUCACCUGAACGUCGCUGCAGGCCUGUUCCGUUGUCUGCAGAAGAGGCCUGCAGGCGGUCAGAUGUGCACCAUCUCCAAGCUGAUGUAUGCUGGCUGUUGUAAGGACCUGUUUUGUGUGAUGAUGCAGAAGCCCUGAAAGGCUUUUGGUGACACACACUCUGAUAUUUCCCCCCCGUGCUGCCCUGGAGCGUGCACAGUUGCCCUUUGGCCAAUUACAUCAUGACCCCGUCGUCUUGUUUUGCUCAGGUGGAAUUCAGCUUCAUCAGUGGAAAUGAGUUCACGAGGCAGAACCCAUCACACAGGUACCUGUAGCUCUGCGGUUCUGAUGAGGUACGUGUUCAGCUGCUGCUGGAUCUCACCAACACUGUAAAUGUGAGGGACAGUUACGCUUACCUUUGACCUUUGACCCUGACACUGAGUGCUUCAUGGCGAUGGUGGUGACGCUCACAUUGCCUGUAGCUGAUGGAGACAGCUGGUAUCGUCUGACCUCACUAGGUCCUGCUGGUGUGCUUCCCAGAAGGUCUUCUAGAGAAACACAACCACAGAUCUGUCAUCAGGUUGCUUCUUUUCCUCACAGCCCGUCUCUCAGUAUGAGGGACCAUGGCAUGCUGCACAGGAACUUGAGUGCGUCUUCCACACGGCGCCCUGUGAACCAACCGUGUAUGAGAUAGCGUGCACUACGCAGGACCAUGUGUGUUGCAGGACUGCAAAUACAGUGCAAAGCAGUGCUUCAGUUUAGGCCUGGCUGCAGGUGUUUGAGGUGUUUUUAGUCCCGCCGAUGUUAGAGCGACCCAGCCACCUGACCUCCACUCUCUUUCUGCUAUGCUAACCCUAACCCUAUCAGAGCGAACUCCUCAUUCUACUACCCUCCUCGUGCUCUUUGGUCUGCAGAUCAGCAGCAUAGAAAUACAUGUAAAUGUGUGUGUGUGUAUAUAUAUAUAUGUGUGUGUGUGUGUAUACCACACUACAGUGUUCACACAUCGACUGUAACAUGAAGGAAUGUUGUUG